CCUUGGACAGGGCUGGCUAACUAGCUAGAUACAGGCUCGCUAAGUAAGGCUAAACCUAGCCUAAAUAAUGGCCUACCUUUUGCGGCCGCUAUCGCUGCUCCUUUGUAAGGCUAUUCUGGCUAGACAGCCGAUUCAAUAUAGCGCGUUACUGCGUGUGGAAGCUAAAACGGGGCGCGUAACACCUUAAUCCACUCCUCGAUUCUAAUUGCCAGCUCUGCCUGGGACUGCUAAUAAGUGUGAACCCAUGAUGUCCUCUCAUCUGUUAUAACAGAAAUUCAACCGAUAAGUUUGAGCGACGCCUUAGGCGCGAGCUGGAUGCAUGGAAACUCGCUACCGAAGCGCCGUGUGGUUUUUUAUUUAGGCUUGGUCGACCUUGCCACACAUUGCCGAUUCGCGUGGAAUGGCUUCCAGCACCAUGCGCAGCCGAGGUCGAAGGUGUUCUCCGUUAUUCCUCCACGAUUGCACAGUCUCUUUGCCAGGAAACAGUCAUCCUCGGGGCAUCUCAGCUACGGGUACCGUCCGCAUACGACGAGCGACAAGGCACCCGUGUUGUUUCUGCAUGGAAUAGGUAUCGAUCUAUGGCCACAGAGUUCGCAAUCAAUCAAUUCAAUCAAUUAUCCCAAAUGGAUUGAAGUGGUUGAUUAAGGAAAAUGCCGGAUUGAAUUGAUCAAUAUAUUGAUUCGAUUAAUUGAUUGUAAACCCUGUCGAGGAUGUAGUCUUGUCUUGUGAUGAAAAGGCGGUAGCAGGAUACAGCAACUUGUAUACAAGAAUGAGAUUGUAAGUGUCGAGAUGGCUCGAGUGUUCCCAA